CGAACGACCAACCCGGCCCUCCCCUCCCGCGACCCCCUCCUCCCCUCGCGCGACCCCAUCCAAACCUAGCCGCCAGCGCCCGCUCGCCGCCGGUCCCCUCGCGCUACCCCGCCGCCAGUCCCAUCUCCCGCCCGCCGCCGGUCCCAUCUCACGCUACCUCGUCUACGCGUCGCCCCUGCGCCUGGCCGUUCCGCCACCCGUCGCCAGCCUGCCCCUGCUCCUGGCCGGCCUCAACUCGCCGCCGCCGCCGGAGUACAUCCUGACACGGGAGAGAUGGAUGAAUUGGCAAGAAAACAAAGGCAACUAAUUGUGAGAGGAGCCGGUCUAGUGGCUGGAUUGUAUGCUUACAUGAUGGUCAUAUUUAGAAGAUCUAGGCAACAAACACCAAGGAUAACCGUGGGCAGCAUGGCCGAUCGUGCCAUAUCUAGAGAGUCAAAUUUGAGAUACAUUUAUCACUCUAGUGACAUAAAUUGUUCAAAUCAACUCAGAAUGAGAAAAGCUCCAUUUUUCCGUUUGUGUGCUAUAUUUAGAGAGAGAAAUUUGUUGUUGGAUAGCAUACAUACUUCUAUCGAGGAACAAGUUGCCAUGUUUCUUUAUGUAGUUGGCCAUAACCAAAGGUAUAGGACACUACAACCUAUCUUCGGAAGAUCUAUCGAAGUCAUUAGUAGGUAUUUCAAGGCAGUGCUUUAUGCUGUUGGGGAGUUGAGAGAUGAGAUGAUUCGACCUCCCUCCAACCAUUGCCAUCGUAAAAUACAAGAAAGCACCCGCUUCAAUCCAUAUUUUAAGGAUUGUGUUGGAGCAAUAGAUGGGACUCAUUUGCUUGCUAGAGUCCCAAAAAGUAUCUCAGCUGCCUUUAGGGGUAGAAAGGAGGGGACUACCCAAAAUGUGAUGGCCGCGGUAGACUUUGAUCUAAAGUUUACCUAUGUACUUGCGGGUUGGGAGGGGUCAGCUCAUGAUGCCCUUAUACUUGCAAAUGCACUGGAGAGGGAAGAUGGGUUGAAAGUUCCUACAGGAAAAUUCUUCCUUUUUGAUGCGGGGUAUGCUGUGAGGCCGGGUUUUCUUGCACCAUACCGUGGCACGAGGUACCACUUGAAAGAGUAUGGUCGAGGGAAUCAUCCUCAAAAUGCCAAAGAGUUGUUCAACUUAAGACACUCUUCUUUGAGGACAUCGGUUGAGAGGGCUUUUGCCGCGUACAAAAACCGUUGGAAGUUUGUCUACAAUAAACCAUUCCAUGGUUACAAGACCCAAGUCAAAGUAGUGCUAGCUUGUGCAAUUCUUCACAAUUGGGUACUUCAAUAUGGUGAGGAUGAAUAUUUCCCGCCCGAGGAAACAUGGGAUCCGGAACCCAAUGAUGAAGAUCCCAAUGAUAUUGUCCAAGGCUGUCAUGGACCUUAUUAUGUUUGAGCAAAAUGAUCGCUUGGCUGUUCUAGAUUAUCUCACAGAACAUAAGGCAAAAGGCCUCAACUUUGUGAAGAUGAAUGAUGAAGCCCGUCAAGCAUCGUUCAAACGUAUCUUGAAAGCCAAUCCUGAUCUUCUUUGAGUUCGUGUUAGUCGGUGCUUGUUGAGACUACCCCUUUUGUAAUGACUAUUAUAAAGUUUAUGUCGAAUGAGGUUAUGUACUAUGAAUCUACUGAUGCAUUACUAGAAAUUAUGGUUAUUAUGUCUAAUGUAAUAUGAACAUGCACUGCUACAAUUCAUGGUCAUUAUGUCUUAUGUUAAUUGUUGAAUUUUUUUCUUCA